AUGUCUGCCUCGCUUGCUCCCGAAUGCAAUGAGCUCAAAGAGCGUUAUGACUCCUGUUUUCUCAAAUGGUACAGCGAAAAGUUCCUUCGUGGCAACUCCUCCAACAACGACUGUGAAAAGGUCUUUGAAGAAUAUAAGAAAUGUCUUUCGGUAUGGCUUACCUGA